AAACUGUUCACUGUACCAUCCUCAGAGGAACAGCAAAAAAUACCAUUUGCACGUGUAAAUCACAACAAGUACAUGGUUACCGAUCGAACAGCCUAUGUUGACUGCAGCAAGACGUUGAAAAUGGACUACAGGCUUAGAUUAAUUAUAGAAUUUAUAUGUGGCCUUGCGAUAAUGUCUGUAUCGUUACCGAAGCUCAUCCUCAUCAUUGAAAGCAUUUCUUUAAUAGCAGUGCUCGGUACGAUAGGAUCAUUUGUGCGCUUGGAGGAUCGAGCUAUGCCUGAAGGAAGAAUACAAUGA